AUGAAAUCAAGGCGUGCGAUCAGAAAACUGUGGUACAGCGUCAGGAGUGCGGGCUGUGAGGCUGGUGAGCGGGAGAUGCAUGUUUGUGAGAGGGCGAUGCAUGUUGGUGAGAGGGCGAUGCAUGUUGGUGAGAGGGCGAUGCAUGUUGGUGAGAGGGCGAUGCAUGUUGGUGAGAGGGCGAUGCAUGUUGGUGAGAGGGCGAUGCAUGUUGGUGAGAGGGCGAUGCAUGUUGGCGAGAGGGCGAUGCAUGUUGGUGAGAGGGCGAUGCAUGUUGGUGAGAGGGCGAUGCAUGUUGGUGAGAGGGCGAUGCAUGUUGGUGAGAGGGCGAUGCAUGUUGGUGAGAGCGGGAUGUGCAUGUCCGCCGAAUGGAAAGGCCAUAGCAUCUGUCCCAUUGCAGCGCGGUAG